AUGGCACAAUAUAGCAUCUAUGAUAUUAUCGCUUUGCUCGUUAGUAUAAUGCUUCCUCCAUUAGGAGUGGUAAUGAAACGAGGAUGGCUUCCAGGAUUAUUCCAUGCAUUUUAUGUAAUUUUUAAAUACCGAGAUGAAUCAAAUUCAGGCGAAGGUCGUCCAAUAUUUGGAGGAACGCGUCCAGAGACACAACAUUCAUAUCCAAAAGACAAAGGUUCCGUUGUUAAAGAUGCUCAAAAAUCUGGUGCCGGAUUUUCUAAUGAGGAAGUAAGUCAAGCAUAUCCUCCUACUUAUGGUAAUCAUGGAAAAGACGAAAAAUUAGAGGGGCAAUCCAAUGCUUAUUAUACAGAUUCUGAUGAUAAGAAAAGGCAUCAAUGA